AUGACUGACAGUGCCGCAGGCCGAGAUGGUGCAGAAAUCGUGGAGCACAUUGCCAGCCUGCCCUGGUGCUCAGGCUCCGUGGGAAUGCAAGGCAACUCGUGGCUGGCCCAAGUACAAUGGAGCACCGCGUCCCUGUGCCCUCCGUCUCUCAAGGCUAUUGCACCCUGGGAAGGCUUCACAGACAAAUAUCGCGACGUCCUGUGUCGAGGCGGCAUACCUGACGCUACCUUCGAUAACCUUCUUUAUCGUGCAACUGUCCGCGGUCGACAGAGGCGAGAGGAUGUCGCGAAGGCAAUCAACAAGUGGCCCCUGAUGAACCCCUACUGGGAAGACAAGAUACCCCAAAUCGAAAAUAUCGACAUACCCAUGUACGUCGUUGCAGGCUACAGCUCCAGUAUCCACAGCUACGGAACUAUUCAAGGCUUCCGAACAGCUAAGAGCAAGCAGAAGUGGCUUCGGGUCCACUGUACGCAGGAAUGGUUUGAUAUCUACAGACCCGACAUGACAGACGAGCUUCAAGCAUUCUUUGAUCGAUAUUUGAAGGGCAUUGAAAAUGACUGGGAGAAGACCAAUCCGGUGCGGGUGUCGAUCCUGACGUUCGGAAACCGCUUCGGCCCUGUGAGUGCCCUAUAA